AUGAUUGUGAUGAAGGACGUCAGAAGGAGUAACUUAUACUAUUUGCUUAGAAGCACGGUGAUUGAUAGAGCUCUGACGACUUCAUUGGAUUUGGCUAGUUUGGUGCUGGGGUAUUUGAUUGGUGAUGUCGUGCAUAGCUUGUUGAGGAGUGCUUUGACCUGCAGAUGGAAGUCCUUUGAGCAUAUUAGGAUGAGCAAGACCGUGGUGGAGUUUGGCACUUCUAUCCAUCAUUCGAGGGGUCAUCUGAGGGGUGUUCAAUCAGGUAUUUGGAGGCCUUCCAAGGAGGCAUCAUUGGGAGCUUACAGUUCCAAGCGAAUUAAAAUGGCGGAUAAUCAAGAAGUGAAGGUUUUAGGAUCAUGGGCAUGCUCCUUCACUCACCAAGUAGAGCUUGCUCUCAAACUCAAGGGAGUUGCUUAUGAUCACACUGAGCAAGAUGCCUGGAAAAAUAACCCAUUGGUUCUUGAUUCUAAUCCCCUAAUUCCCUUCUACAAGAAGGAUGUCCCUCUUCUCCUUCACAAUGGCAAACUAGUCCCGGAAUCGCUAUUUAUCCUUGACUAUAUUGAGGAUACUUGGAGUACUGGAUACUCCUUACUGCCUAAAGACCCGCAAGAAAAGGCUUAUGCGCGCUUAUUGGCAAAGUUCAUCGGUGACAAGAUUAUUCCAAAUUUUAGGAAAGCAUGCUGGCUUGAAGGCGAGGAGCAAAAAAGAGGCAUGGAAGAGACAAAGGAGAACCUGAAGAUUCUCGAGGGAGAGAUCAAGGGGAAGAAAUUCUUCGGAGGGGAUGAUAUUGGGCUCGUCGACAUUGCAGCAAAUUAUGUUGCCUUUUGGACCGGAGUUGUACAGAAAGUCACUGGAGUUAGUCUAAUCAAUGAAGAGAAUCACUCUAACCUCUUGAAAUGGUCUCAAAGGUUCUUGAGCUCCGAUGUUGUGAAGGGAACUUUACCUGAUCGCGAAGAAUUGACUGCUCUGUAUCAGGCUGCGAGAGAUGCCAUCUUAGCUAAGAAAGCUCUUUCCGCAAACUAGUUUCAUCAAAGCCAUGAAAGCUUUUGUUACGUGUGCUGUAUGAUUGAAUAAACGGGGACGGUUCCUCUACGUUGCCAGUCAAAUUCCUAUUGUCGAAUAAUAAAAGAUAAAGAUUUCUUAUUCAGUUCUAUUGAAUAGAGUUAUGAUAUUUGUAGUUUGUGCAAUCGUUACGGAAUAGAUGAUUUCCAUAU